CCGAGCUACGUCAAAACCAACCACCAAAGCUCCAACAUCGUCACUCUUUUUUUCUACGCCCGGCGCAGGCAAAGUUUCCCCUGUGAUUUGGCCUGAGAAACACGCAAUUUUGCAUCUUGUGGGAGCUGCGCAGCUCAAUUGCACCAUGAGAAGCCGCGCAUAGGGCAUAACACACAGCCGCACCUGUCGAGAUUCGCCCCAGGAAUUAAUAUCUCUCUUUUCAUCAGCCGCCCCCGUUCGCAUUCGCAUCGUCUCUCCAGUGACACCAUGGGCUUCGCAACCGGCUUCACCGGUGGCGUGACGCUCACCCUGUCCCUCGCCUACCUCUCUGUCCUCGCCCACCAGCGCACCCGCGAGGCCCAAAGCAAAUCACUGCGCACGCAAACGCUCAUGAUUCAGCACCUCAUCGAUCCAAUUCCCCAACCACUGCCCCCGACCCGAUCCGAAGUCGCCGCUGCCCAGCGAGAAGCCGCCGUCGAGGUCGCCAAGCAGCGAUGGAACUCUGAGGUCGAGAACGCUGUGCGCUGGGUGCAGCACACGGACUGGGACGAGGUACGCGAGGGCAUGGAGGGCAGAGUCGCGUACCUGUGGGCCAAGGCCACAGGCCAGUCUGUGGAGGAUGUGGAAAAGGCGAGGCGCUCUCUGGAGCCUGUGAAGAGGACGCAGAAGGCUGGCGGCGAGAUUGCGGCUGCUACAAGAGGGGCGUUCAACCAGGUUAAAGAAUCAGCUGAGAGCAUUGAGAUGACUGCCGAGAACCGGGCUCUGGACGCAAGGCUGAGAACCAAGAGGGCCAUCGAGGAGACGGCUACGGAGGCCAAGGGAAUUGUUAGCCCAACUCUGGACAAGGGUCGAGAGAAGGCAAAGGAGAUUGUGGGCAAGGCCAAGACUGCUGUCGGCCUAGCAGAGGCCCAGGUGGAAGAGAUGACGGGUGACAAGGCCACGCUGAGUCCUGUGCAGCAGGCUUUGAAUCAACGAUACGAGAAGCCUUCAAAAGACACACGGACAACAGCAGAGAUUCUCAAGGAGAGAUACGUUCCAAUGGACAAGCGAGACAACUCAAUUUUGCGAGGAUUGUAAGAGGGUUACGGAUUGUUGGGAGUAUGACACAAAAAAAGGCGAAUCUGAGCAAGGUGUCAUGGCACUUGAUCAGGCUGGAAGCAUCUAUAACUUCAUGUAUGGCGCAGAUAGACAUUACAAUGUACUACUACAUCCCCUACUAUGCUGAGAAUCUUGAAAGAUGGCAUUUUUCUCAUUGCGGAGAUGAAAGCCGAAGGUGUGUAACAGAUGAUGACAUUCCCGGGCUUCGUGGUGAAUAGUGCUCACGCGAGAGACCACCUUGCUCAAUUGGCGGACUAUUCACGAUGAGGAAGGCUCUUGGAGGUAUAAAGAGAAAUCGAAAUGCGGUCUGGAAUACUGAUACAAAUAAAACAAGCAGCGAUAAAAUUAGACAAGGCUCGGAAUAUGACAUCAAUAGCUGGGGAGAGCACGGAAGUGGUGG